CCUGCCGGCUCGGCGCCCACCAGCGCCCCCCUGAGCGAGCACGGUUUCCGAGGGCAGGGGGUCCAGGCCCAGCGCUUUCGAUUCUCGGAGGAGCCGGGCCCGGGAUCCGAGGGGGCCGUGCUGGAGGUCCAGGUUCCGCAGUACGAUAUGUGAUCAGGGAGAGCUACAUCCCCAGUCUAAGAAUGGUCCCUGAUACUCAGACACUACAAGUGCUUGUUGAAUGAAGAGUGCCAUCAAGAGUGCUUAUCAUACUGCAUUGUGGUUUUACAUCCUCAGAGGACGGGGACUGAUCCUGCAUCUCCAGUAUGGAAUGUAUGUUUGGCCCUGUGCUGUGGUCCUGGCCCAGUACCUUUGGUUUCACAGAAGAUCUCUGCCAGGCAAGGCCAUCUUGGAGAUUGGAGCUGGAGUGAGUCUUCCAGGAAUUUUGGCUGCAAAAUGUGGUGCAGAAGUAAUAUUAUCAGACAGCUCAGAACUGCCUCACUGUCUAGAAGUCUGUCGGCAAAGCUGCCAUAUGAAUAACCUGCCCCAGCUGCAAGUGGUAGGACUAACAUGGGGCCAUGUAUCUUGGGAUCUUCUGGCUCUACCGCCACAAGAUAUUAUCCUUGCAUCUGAUGUGUUCUUUGAACCAGAAGAUUUUGAAGAUAUUUUAACUACAAUAUACUUUUUGAUGCAGAAGAACCCCAAGGCCCAAUUGUGGUCUACUUAUCAAGUUAGAAGUGCUGACUGGUCACUUGAAGCUUUGCUCUACAAAUGGGAUAUGAAAUGUGUCCAUAUUCCUCUGGAGUCUUUUGAUGCAGACAAAGAAGAUAUAGCAGAAUCUGCCCUUCCAGGAAGACAUACAGUUGAAAUGCUGGUCAUUUCCUUUGCAAAGGACAGUCUCUGAAUACCUAAACAAGCUGUUCUGGGAGGGUAUCAAUACUGAUGAGCAACCUGGCACACAGACUAGGUUCAGACCACUUCAGCUUGAGAAUGCAGUGGGUCUGAAGGUGGUCAAGUCUGUUAGCCUUAGAUUUUGGUGUCACCUAGACAACACGUUAACUAAUAUGAAACAGAAAUUAAAAUACUUAAUACAAGUA